AUGGCCACCCCCGAGCCUACCAGCCCCCCUAGGGCAACAAGCGCAGCAGCUCUCGAGCCAUCUGAUUCCAGGCAGAAUUCAGCACGGCUGAAUAGGGAUGAACGGAUCCGAGUAUUAACCCUUCGAGAUGCUGGAUUUACAUAUCUUCAAAUCUCUCAGCAGCUUCAAAUUAGCUAUCGCCAAGUCCAAUAUACGUGCCAAAGCCAGCAAGCAACCCCUAAAAAGGCCCGUGGCAACCCUCCGAAGCUCUCCGAGGCUGAAGUUCAUCAUAUUAUCGAAUGGAUUACUUCUUCGAAGCGUACGCGACGUAUGCCUUAUUAUAAGGUUAUACAAGAGCUUAACCUAUCUAUUGGAAAGCACGCCCUGGCUCGAGCUCUUAAAAAACGAGAUAAACAUAAACAAGUACGUCUUGCCUGGGCCCUAGAGCAUUUGAAUUGGACGACUGAACAAUGGAAUCGUAUCCUUUGGUCUGAUGAAACAUGGGUUACUUCAGGAUUUCAUACGAGAAUCUGGGUAACUAGAAAGGCUGGUGAAGAGUUAGAAGAGACUUGCAUACGAUCCUCUCCUGCACGGAAACGUGGAUGGAUGUUCUGGGCUACUUUUUAUGGGAAUAACAAGGGUCCGUGUUUAUUCUGGGAGAAAGAAUGGGGAAUUAUUAACUCGGAGAGAUAUUGUCAACGGGUUAUACCAAUUAUUGAUGGCUAUAUUCGCUUAUUACGAGACGAUAUCUGGCUUCAAUUUAUGCAGGAUGGGGCACCUGGCCAUGCGAGUAAGGAGACUCUCGAAGAGCUUCAUUCUCGUGGGAUAUAUCCAAUUUAUUGGCCAGCAUUCUCACCUGAUCUCAAUCCAAUUGAAGCAGUAUGGAAUUGGAUGAAGGAUUGGAUUCAAGAACAAUAUCCAGAUGAUGAGCAACUUUCUUAUGAUCGACUCCGUGAGGUUGUACGAGCUGCUUGGGAUGCACUGCCUGAGCAGUUUUUGAAGGAGCUCAUUGACUCUAUGCACGCUAGAUGCCAAGCUGUAAUAGAUGCUCGAGGUGGUCAUACAAAAUAUUAG